AUUAGAAUUUGUAAUUUGAGUGACUGAAUUUUCAGUUCCGAUGCAUUUGCGACCAGAUCGGAAUUCAUGCUACUUUUACGUCAAUCCAACUCUACACCCGUCAUACUUUCGCGCUAUGGGGAAGGAAAGACAGACGACAUAGAAUGGGAGAAUUUCAUUUUAACAUUUUAAUGUGCAGGCGCAAGACGAUUUCGGAUUUCCAUCAUGAAGGUACAUAUGUUCCUGAGGGUGAUCUGGAUGACAGUUUGCGCUGCGAACUUUUCUCCGCCAGUGGUAAAGAUCAGUCUUGACGACCCUGCCGAAAAGCGAUGGGAACCGCUGCUGAAAUUAUUUGAUAAAGAAUUCUUGAAAAAAGCAGCAGCAGAGGUGAUUGACACGACUAUUCCAAAAUGGGUGCACCAUGCUAUCAUCCCUGUAGUCCGAGCCCUGGAAAAAUAUGUACCCCAGCCAUACGCGGGCGAGAUUAAGGGCAUGGCUUCGUAUUUUGAGUCUGACAUCUCUGACAUUGUUCUUCUCAACUUUGCCUACGAAGUUUCUGCGUUCUGCAGCAGCAUUGUAGCUCAAGACACUAAGGGAAAUAUUUACCAUGGCCGAAACUUGGACUACCACUUUAAUGUGCUCAGAAAUCUUACUGUUGAUAUCCUGUUCAUGAAAAAUGGAGAGGUGGCAUACAGGGGAACUUCUUUUGCUGGUUAUGUUGGAUUGUGGACUGGGCAAAGUGCCAACAAGUUUACUGUGUCUGGGGAUGAACGAGAUAAAGGUCAGUGGUGGGAAAAUGUCAUUGCAGCAUUCCUGCUAAAGAGUUCUCCUGUCAGCUGGCUUGUGAGAGAGACUCUCGAGAAUGCCAUCGACUUCCAGGACGCAGUGAUGAGGCUGGCUAAAGUGCCAAUCAUCGCUGACUUGUACUACAUUGUGGGUGGGGUCCAGCCAGGAGAGGGUGUGGUCAUUACCAGAGACAGGAGCGGGCCUGCAGAUAUCUGGCCUCUAGAUCUGGUCAAAGGAGCCUGGUAUAGGGUUGAAACGAACUAUGACCACUGGCAACCUGCACCUAAACAAGAUGACAGAAGGGACGUAGCUAUUAAAGCGUUGAAUGCUACUGGCCAAAAUAACAUCAACAUGCGCUCACUUUAUGAGAUUUUAUCAGUGAUUCCAGUGUGCAAUAGCAUCACCAUCUACACGACAGUAAUGACCGCAGGCUUGCCAGAGGAGUACAGAACCAUAGUCAGGGAGACAUGCACCAAGUCCAUUAGGAAAGGGGCUGUUAGUUUCAACUGGAAUCUUUAGUUCCAAAUUCACAUACAAACAUGAUGCUUCAUUCGUCUGAGGAAUAGUGGUAGUAUGGACUGGGAAUGUAAGGACUGCAAGGUGAAGCAGUGGUCUUUAAAGUUGAUCAUCAUAAGAAAACCUAUCAUGCUUCUCUUAAAAUUCAUUUAAUAGUCAGAAAACUGUUUUUCUGUAGAGUAAUUUUAACUUUAGUUUUAAUGUAACUUUGUAACAUGGUUUUGACCUUAGGCCUACAAGACUAAAGGUUUUGUCUUGCAUUUGAAGUAUUUUAUGUGUGACAGCAACUGUGACAAGAUGCGUAAAGUCACAUUCUUGUGAACUUCGCCUUAAUUAUGUAAACUUUUAUCUCCUGUAGUUCAUUUGGUAGAGUACGGUGCUAGCAAUCUUCAGGUCAUGGGCUGGAUUUCCAAGAAGCAUGUGUUUUCAUAUUAAUAAAUAUAUAUGUCACUCUUGAUAAGAGUGUGCCAAAUGCUAAAAAUGUAAUGUAGCUGUAUUAUGUACUACUGUUGGAUUCACAAAAGGUUUUGUGUUGUGUCAUACACUGAGGUGAUUGGUUAGCACUGUAUUAAGCCUUUAAUGUUAUUGUCAUUAAUGACAUAAGGGAUUUAUUAUGGUUAAUGUUCUAAAAUCGUUUGUUGUUUAACCCUGUUGUCAAAAUUGCUGAAAAGGCCAUUGUAAAAAUGUGUUGAUCUGCACUAUAAAGCAUUAGAUAUCUUGGUUAAUAUAUAUCUUCGUUAAUAAAGUAUUAUAUAUUCUGUUUCCCAUCA